AUUAACGCCCGCUGGAGUGAGUGUUUCGUGAUGAUUAACCGGAUAGUAGGAGCACUAGUGCUCACAUCAAUAGUGGCAAACGUAGUGAUAGCGGAGACGGCAGUGCAACUCGCCGAAAGUAAACCUACCAUUCAAGCCGAAGCUCGUCAAGCUAUUGUACCAAACAUACCAGGCAGAUGGUGGCCCUAUGGUUGGGGUUGGGGCUGGGGCUGGGGCAUCGCCAUAUUUGUUCUUGCGAUCGUGAAAGGAUCCAUCCUUCUUGGCAUAUUCGUUAUCUGGGCCUUCUUCAAAAGCUUCGGUAGGAAAGGACAAGGCUGCGCACCGAUCAUCAUCCGCGAAUCACCACCACCGAUCUUCAACGAUUUUAAUCCUCACCAGCACCAUCCGUGGGAUCGAGUCGCUGGCGAAAAUGAGUACCCCGCCAGAAUGAAACGAUCGACCAAUUACACCGACUCUCAGCUGUACUGGACAGAUAUGGUGACCGAUCUGGGAUUCAGUUUCCUCGGUGUACACUCGAAAGAUUGCCGGAAGCGGUUCGUUUGCGAGGUCGACGUUCGCGCGCGACGCGAUCCAAUGCUGAGUUUUGCGAUGCGCCUGUUUGGAAGGGACAUCUUUCAACGGUAUCGAUCGGUCGGUGAUAAAAAAGCGAACAGUUUUGACGAGUGUUCGAAACUCUACAGCAAGUGCAAAAUGGGUGGUCCCUCGAUUACCUUCAAUGUAAUGGCGGGACAAACCGAUCCUCUGCUGGAUUAUGAUGAUUCGUUGCAGGAGGCGACGAAUAACGAAACAAUUGAUACAGUCGGGGAAGCUACUACUGAAGAAAACAGUUUAGAAGGAGAAACGACUGAAGCGACUACGACGACGACGAUUGCUACAAAUAUCCCACGGAAAAAGUAUGCUUACAAACGAAGACGGUUGUUCACGCAUAGGAAUUCGAAGUAAUCGAAUGUAGAAUAAGUUA